AUGAAACAAGUUGAUAAACAAAACCAUAAAUACAAACCUAAAACAAUUGACGAACCUAAAUUUAUUCACGCUGAAAAUAACGAAGCAAUCUUAAAUUAAGUUAGAGACUUAAAAUCAUGUAUCGAAACUGAUAAUUUGACUGAUUAUUUACAAGUGACUGAACUCCAAAAUAAGUAAUUUGAUGCGUUAAGGGGGGUAAAAAUAAAAGGUGAAUAAAUGAACAAAGAGAUAAUCACAGAUGUAAAUAAAGAUGAGGAAUAAAUAAAAAAUGGGAUGUUUAAUAUAGAAAAUAAUGAAUAUUUAAAAAACUUAAGAAUUCCAAGAAGACCAUAGUGGACAAAUGAUAUGACUAAAGAAGAAUUACACUAAAAAGAGAAUAAUGCGUUUAUUGAAUGGCGAAAACAGCUAGCAAAAAUAGAGGAAAAGCAUUAUAAUAUUUAAAUUACUCCAUAUGAAAAAAACAUAGAAGUUUGGAAGUAAUUAUGGAGGGUAAUGGAGAAUUCGGAUGUAAUAGUUUAAAUUUUAGACGGAAGAGAUCCUUUAUUUUAUAGAUGUUAAGACUUAGAGAUUUAUACGAAGGAAAUUUUCGAAAAAAAACAGAAUUUUUUAGUGAUUAAUAAAAGCGAUUUAUUAUCAGAAGAAGUAAGGAAGUGUUGGAGUAAUUAUUUUAAUUAGGAAAAAACAUAACAUAUAUUUUUUAGUGCGAAAAACGAACAAAUGAGAAUUGACAAAGGAUAAGGAGAAGAAUAAGAUGAAGAAGAAGAUCUACUAGAUCCAUUGGAAUUUAAGUCUUAUUUAAACACUCCGAAAAUCGCCUCAAGGCAUGCACUUUUUGGAUCAAUGAAAUUUCUCUUAUUCGAUAUAUUUUAACAUAAAUUAUAAUAAUAAAAAUAAUCAUUUGGAUGCUAAGAUUAAUAAGAAUUUAUUUUUUAAAUAGGUAUGGUUGGAUAUCCUAAUGUAGGAAAAUCUUCAGUUAUUAAUACUCUUUGUAAUAAAAAAUUAGUAGGAGUAGGAACUUUACCUGGAAAGACUAAAAACUUUUAAACUCAUUUCCUUGAAGAAAAUAUAAUACUUUGUGAUUGUCCAGGAUUAGUCUUUCCUAAUGCUGCUUCUAAUAGGGCUGAAAUGACACUAAAUGGGGUACUUCCUAUAGAUAAAUUGAAAGAUUUUCUAUCUCCAAUGGACUUGUUAUGUGAGAGGGUGCCUAAGGUUGUCCUAGAAAAGAUCUAUAAAGUCAAAAUUGAAGUCGAGGUGCCUGAUGGAGCCUUUUUCUUAAAUCUUUAUGCGUAAAGUAAAGGUUAUUAUAAUGGAAGUGGAUUACCUGAUUAAGCUAAAUCAGCAAAGUUAAUUCUAAAGGAUGUGGUUUAGGGUAAAGUACUGUAUUGUAAAUUACCACCAGGAAUAGAGUAGAACUAAGGGAUAUGGUAGAGCAAUAUAAUUGAUCUUUAAUUAAAUAAUAUAUUAGAUGGAGAAAAUGAAAUUUAAAAUGGAAAAUGUCGAAGCUCUAUAAGUAAAUAUGGAAGAAAUGAAACUAGAUAAAGAAUUAUUUUAAGAUGA